AUGCCGAUGAUGGUGCGUGCACGAAGAUUCUCGACGCUGGCGACGACGCUGGCGAUCGUCGUGGCUUGUACGAACGCGCGAUGCGCGCACGCGCAGCGAAAGGGUGGAAAACAAGACACCUCGUACGGAGAGGUGAUCAUCACCGAGAUCAGUUAUGAGCAGGCGUCCCCAGAGGACGCACUGGUGACUGAAAUCGCUGGUUCGGAUGAUUGGGUCGAGUUGUACAAUCCAUCAAAGACAUUAACGGUCAAUCUAACCGGUUUUGCACUCACCGACUUGACGGCGCGCAAGUUGAAGAAGGCUCGACCGGAAAAGGUUGCGAAACAUCUUUUCGUGCUUCCGGAAAAUACCGUUAUCGCUCCAAAAUCAUUUGCCGUCAUAGCACGAGAUGAGAUGGCGUUCAGGGAGGCGUACGCCGAGCGUGAAGUCGCCAUCGGCGCACUCGUCCGAGGCUCGUUUCGCUUUGGUUUGAGUGCCAAGGGCGAGACGAUUCGCAUUUUAGAUCGAUCGAACGCCACUGUGUUCGAGCUCAAGUACGACGAUAAGGGUACAUGGCCGAAUACACGCGAGGCUGGACACUCACUCGAGCUCGUGGACGUGCGUCAGGAUCCGAACGACUCAUACUCGUGGAUCGCGUCGUCCGAAAAUGGAGGCACCCCUGGGGAGGUAAACUCCGUCGCCGUGUCGUGGUGA